AGAAAGACUCCUCAUAAAGGUUCGCAGGCGAGCGAUCACUUAAAACUGACAGGCCUACCUCAGAGAUCUCCUUAUCUGCAAUGGUGUUUUCCUGGCCAGGAGGUCCUGGAGCCCGGCGACUGCUGCUGUCGUUUCUGCUCUUGACAGCGGGGGAGGCGGGGAGCGGCCAGGUCCACUACUCGGUUCCCGAGGAGGCCAAACACGGCACCUUCGUGGGCCGCAUCGCCCAGGACUUGGGGCUGGAGCUGGCGGAGCUGGUGCCGCGCCUGUUCCGGGUGGCGUCCAAAGGCCGCGGGGACCUUCUGGAGGUAAAUCUGCAGAAUGGCAUUUUGUUUGUGAAUUCUCGCAUCGACCGCGAGGAGCUGUGCAGGCGGAGCCUGGAGUGCAGCAUCCACCUGGAGGUGAUCGUGGACCGGCCGCUGCAGGUUUUCCACGUGGAGGUGGAGGUGAAGGACAUUAACGACAAUCCGCCGAUGUUCAGAGAAGGAGAACAAAAGGUACUUAUUUCUGAAUCUGCACCUCUGGAAUCUCGUUUUCCUCUAGAGGGCGCUUCCGAUGCAGAUAUCGGUGUAAAUUCUCUUCUGACCUAUAGGUUAAGUCUAAAUGAAUACUUUACUCUGAAAAUAACAACGAAAAACGAUAAAAGUAUAUUGCCUGAACUAGUUCUUCAGAAGUCAUUAGAUAGAGAGGAAACGCCAGAACUUAAUUUACUGCUGACCGCCCUGGAUGGCGGUAAACCCGAGCUAACAGGAUCGGUUCAGAUUCAAAUAACCGUCCUGGAUGUGAACGACAACGCUCCGGAGUUUGAUACGCCUAGCUAUAAAGUAGUGCUGUUUGAAAACGUCCCAAACGACACGAGAGUGAUUCAACUAAACGCUUCUGAUCGAGACGAAGGACUGAAUAGGGAAAUUUCCUAUGGAAUCAGAAUGAUUUUGCCAGUGAGUAAGAACUGUAUAUUUUCAAUAAAUCCAGAAACAGGUGAAAUCAGAAUUUAUGGGAAAUUGGAUUUUGAAGAGAACAGUGAGUAUGAAAUUCAGGUUAACGCCAUUGAUAAAGGGAUCCCUUCCAUGGCAGGUCACUGUACAGUCCUGGUGGAAGUUCAGGACCUGAACGACAAUGCCCCCGAGGUAAUGGUCACUUCGCUGUCGCUCCCGCUGCGAGAGGAUGCUCAGGUGGGCACCGUUAUCGCCUUAAUCAGCAUGUCCGACCAGGACUCUGGCGCCAACGGGCAGGUGACCUGCUCACUAACACGUCAUGUCCCCUUCAAGCUUGUGUCCACUUUCAAGAAUUACUAUUCACUGGUGUUGGACAGCGCUUUGGACCGCGAGAGCGUAGCUAAUUAUGAGCUGGUGGUGACAGUGCGGGAUGGGGGCUCACCUUCGCUGUCGGCCACAGCCAGCGUGUCCGUGGAGGUGGCCGACGUGAACGACAAUGCACCGGCGUUCGCUCAGCCCGAGUACACGGUGUUCGUGAAGGAGAAUAACCCG